CAUGUUUACAUAUUUCGUGAUUUAAAAAAGGGUAAAAAUUACAACACGUUAAUGUAAUAAAUCUUAUCAUGGAUAAAACAAAUUCUAAUGCUACAAAAUGUUCAUCAAAAUCAUGGAGCCACAAUAGAUCUGCUGAUGCUGAAACCAUAGAAAAGGAGACUAGUCAGAAAGGCAAAGGAAACACUGUGAAACCUCCAUGCCUAUAUUGCAAGUCAUGGCUGAAUAGCACAUCGGAUUUCGAACAGGGCAGAAUAGAUAAGACACCAUUGUCGCAGGGGACACCAAGAUCUGUUGAAAGACCCAAAUCACCUAUGAAACAACGCUUUAGAUCAGCUGAGUUGGAUAACAAAGAUACUGUAUCGGAGCCCGGCAGCCCCUACUUCUCAAUUCGUGCACUGAGCGAACAGGACCGGGAUAAGUUUAAGCCACUGCAGUCCAAGGGAGGGGACAUGGCUGCUCGACUGUUACCCGCAAAACCAUAAUGAGAACCUUUUGUUCUGUUUUGUAAUAAAAUU